AGGAAAGAUCAAGAAAGGGUUGUCAGACGUGCAAAAAGAGAAAGGUGAAAUGCGAUGGUAUGUGUUCCCACGGAUAAGGAAAGCCAGACCUUGUAUCGACUACAGUUGACUAACAGUUUUCUACUCUGCUAUGCGGAUGUUCCGCCAUGUGCUUGCAGAAUCACAUCCUUCAUGCAAGCAUUGCACGCGGUUGGACCUCCAAUGCUCGUAUGACUUGGUUUACCGCUGGGACGAGGAGGCUUUGCAGAAUGGAACGACAUUCGGAAGAUCAAACCAGUACAAGAAGUCAUAUCUUCAGAACAAGUACGCGGACUUUAUCAGCGAGAAAAGAAGCUCUGCGACUGCAGCUAACACAUUUGACUACUUUCUGAAAUCAGAGACCUCUAGCCUCAUCAAAAAAUUGUCGAAGCAAGCCAUCCCGUGGGCAGACAUCAAAAACAACGUCUACUUUGUGAACACCACACAGCGGGACUUUGAUAAAGACAAAUUUGACGGCACUCUUGGAAAGUCGUGCCAGAACAUUGCAUCGUCACCUUUGAUGCACGUCAUGAAAACGAUGCUAAUGGACGACUUCUUUUUGAGCUCCCUGGAGCAGAGUGAGGAAGGGGAAGACUGUUCUGUUUUCACCAACGCUGGUGCGGUCGAUUUGAGCAGAGAAAUGGACGAGAUGGAUUUCUUAGCAUUCCUCGAGCAAAUCUCUUUGCGAGAUAUGUUGAAACCCGGCAUGGUGUCUGACGAACUUGCUCCUCUUGCCGAAUCAAGCGCAUUGCCUCAUAUAAACAUCAAGUACUCCUUGACAAAUCUCAACCUGCAGUCGAACUACCACUAUAACAGACUCACAUCAUUCUCCCUGGAGGAGCAAAAACUGAUAUCAUAUUUUGUUGACGUUGUCUGUCCGACUUGCGUGUGUUACUCUCAUAUCAAAAAGUCGGCUGUCAACAUCAAUCCCAUAUAUUUAACAGAUGCGAUCAUACCAGCUAGGCAGUGGGAAUCGAAUCCCUAUUUAUACUUGAUAGUGCCUCUAGCGUUCAGACAUGAAAUUGUGAUGGAUGCAGUAAUGGCUACAAGUGCUUCUCAGCUUUCCUCAGCAGGAAACAAGUCUUUUGAGGGUCUAUCGAGGUUCUAUACGGAAAAGGCGAUUCGACAACUACCUGAUCUAAUAAGAGAAAAGCAAUGCCUGCACGCAUCAAACUGGGACGACAUCUUGGCUACAGUUCUUAUGCUGUGUUUCAACGAAAUAUCGUCGACUACAGACUCCAUCUCUGUAUGGAUGAUGUAUUUGAGUUGUGCCAAAUAUUUUGUCACACAGGUCAACACGUUGGAUGCCUCCAGCCCCUUGGCAAACUUCUUUGCUCGUUAUUUUAUCACACAUGAGGUAAUUGGCCAGACUGCACUUAUGGAAAACAAGGAUGAGACAUCCAAAGACUAUUCUGCCAAUGAAAUAGCUGUACAAGUCAGCUCUUCUAUAACUGACACUAAGGGAAAAGAUGAGUUUAUGAAAUUUAUUUUCAGGCAGGGUAUAGAGGGCGAUCUCUACUUGAAAACGCUGAAGGACAAGGACACUACAAUAAAUGUUGUUUUUGGUUGUUGCCCAUAUCUAAUUUGCCUAACGCAUCAAAUUUCCCAAUUUGCUGACUGUUAUGAAGGGUUGGCAUUGGAGACAGCAGAAACAAGGCAUGAAUUCGAGUCGGACAUUUCUUCCCGUAGAGAACAGAUUGUGUUUGAAAUUCAGAACCUCAAUCAAGAAGUUCAAAUCACAGAAAACGAUGACGAUGAGUCUGAGAUUAAUAUAAAAUGCAUUGCAGAGAUCAAAAAACUAUCGACAUUGAUUUACCUGUUUAUCCGGAUUGACUUGGAAGGAGUGUACCAGGAAAACGGUGUUGUAACAAAGCAGUUUCUUAUCAAUAGAAGAGAGAUGGAAAAAGCCAAGUCCAAAAUAUUGGAGCUACUUGAUUUGUUACCAGAAUUGUCCGUGACAUUACUUUGGCCAAUAUUUAUCUUAGGGGUAGUCGCAACAAAUUAUGAGAAAGAAAGGUGGUUUGUUUUAGACAAAUUGAACAAGAUUCAGACGAUUAGAGAAUCGACUAGCUUGAAAGCUGCUCAAGAAACUAUUCUGGCCGUAUGGAAAGAAGUAGAUCUUGGGUUGAGAGUGCUAAGGUGGAAGGAUUUGGUAAAUGAAAAGCGGGAGUCAUUAAGUCUUGCGUUGAUCAAUUGAUGCUCUGGUAUUUGAUACUGAGAUAUUAUAAGUGAUGCAAGCGUUUUAGAGAAGUUAUUUGACAAUAAGUUCAUCAGCACAGCAUCAGCAUAUCCCCACCAAAAUCACCACUUUUCGGAUCAAAUUGCGUGCCUGCUAAUUAUUGUUUAGAAUUAUUAGUUUUUAUGUUGGAAUGAUUUACAAGAUUUAUAAAAUAUCAUCAUCAAGUCUUGCGGCU